AUGCCCCAGGCCAUUAUCGCACCCUCGGUCCUCGCGAGCGACCUCAGCAACCUCGCCAACGAGUGCAAGCGCAUGCUCGGCGACGGUGCCGACUGGCUGCACAUGGACGUCAUGGACGGCCACUUUGUGCCCAACAUCACUAUGGGUCCUCCGAUCCUCUCGUGUGUCCGCGACAACGUCCCCAACAUCUUCAUGGACUGCCACAUGAUGGUGUCUGACCCGGCCAAGUGGGUGCCCGAGGUAUCCAAGGCUGGCGGCAAGCUGUACACGUUCCACUACGAAGCGACGGACAAGCCGAUGGACGUCAUCAAGCUCAUUCACGAGCACGGUAUGCUCGCCGGCCUCGCCAUCUCGCCCGACACCCCCGCCGACGUCGUCACGGACGAGCUCGGUAACGCCGUCGACCACCUCCUCGUCAUGACUGUGCGUCCUGGCUUUGGCGGGCAAAAGUUCAUGCCCGAGUGCCUGCCCAAGGUCACUGAGCUGCGUGCCCGCUUCCCCGACAAGAACAUCCAGGUCGACGGCGGCGUCGGUGCCGGUAACGCGUGCCAGUGCGCCAAGGCUGGUUCGAACGUCCUCGUUGCGGGCUCGGCCGUGUUUGGCGCCAAGGACCCCCAGGUCACCAUCGGUGAGAUGCGCACGGCCGUCAACGCCGAGUUCUAG